UUUAAUAUAUUUCGAGAAUUUUUUUGGUUCUCGGGCUCGCCGCGGACGCGAUCCCACUCCCCCGCCGGCCCCCGCUGCUCCCGGCGAUUCUCCCGGAAUUUUUGGUGGAGGCAGGGAGGAGAAUUUGCACGGUGCUAUCCGGGAAGGGGAGGGAAGGGAGGAGAGCGAGAGAGAGAGGAAGCCGAUAGAGACGCAGCGAGUGAAGGAGAAGUCAGGAAUUAAGCAGCUCUGUUUCCAAGGAAAUUGUUGAGGCAUGACUAGGCCUUAAGAACACAAUGCAGAUCAUGAAGAUAGAUGAUGGAAGACCUUACCAUAAUAAUGUUUUUCAUAAGCAUGUAUCCAAUGGUGGCCCUAAAAUAGAUGGAGAAAUUGAAAGAGAAACUAAACAGCACAUUUUCCCUGAUACAAUGGUACAACAAACCAACCCAUCGGAAUAUAGUGCCGGGCAACAAAAUGGAGAUAAGGUUGUACAUAUACGUCCUGAGGAUGUUUCUUAUGACAAGGAUGUUGUGGAAAUUAACUUGCCAGAUAUAAUGGUCUCUUCUAAUUAUGGCGUUCAGUUUGUCAAGGAUGUCUGCAUUGAUGAGGGGGUACUUGCUGAUCAGAAGGUUACAGCAGAAAAGUUGUCCCCAAACCUGGAUUCUUCAAUGGGAGAUACAAAUGGUGUCCUGAUGAAAGAAACAGCAGAAGAACGUGAAAAAUCUGUUAAUGAUUUAAAAUCGCAAAUAAUUGUCCUGCCUGAAGCAUGUGGUACUGAUGGUGAUACUGUGGAACAGUAUUCUUCUAACAAACUGCAUGAUCUUGAAGGCAACAAUACAAUAGAUGAAUUUAACGUUGUGAAUGUUGAGAAAUCAAGGGCAAAGCAAGUAGUCAGUAAUGAGGGUGCAGAAUAUGGCCAGGAAAUGUGCGCAAGCUUUUUUGAGAAUGGGGAAAAUCAUGAGCCAAUUCUCGAUGGAGAAGCAAACAAUCAGGUUUCGUCAAACAAUUGCCAUGAAAGUGGAGCUAGUGUUGCAUCAGUGACAACUAACCCCAAUGGCUUACCAGUUGAGUCAAUUGAUGAUGGCUUCUCAGAGGUGGUGACUGAAGAUGAUGUUGCUGGUAUGGCUCUAAAUAAGAUAGGAAUUAACCAAAAUAAUCACUAUAAUCCUUUUAUUGCAUAUGGAUCAUUAGAGGACACGUGGGAACCCAAGUACUCGCUACCUCCAGUUGUUGAUGAUGCUUCUAUACUACCCUGUCCUGUUGAAAAGACAGACAGUUUUAGUGAUAUUCUCAAUGGUGCACUGCGAGGGUUUAAUUUUCUUGAAACUGGUGAAUCCAACAGAGAAGAUAGUACGUUAAAUUCUGUUGAAGAAAAUUCAAGUAGCAUGGAUGUCGAAGCAUCUGAAGAGAAUAAUGAUCAGAGAGAAAGUCCUGUUGAAAAUACAGAGAGUUUGAGUAAUCCUGUUGACAGGGCACUUAGUUCUACCGAAACAGAUGAAGCGAGAAAUGAAGACAGUAGAUUAGACUGUACUGAAGCAAGUUCAAGUAGGUCAGAUGUCCAACCUUCAGGACAUAGCAAUGAUCAGGUGGAUAAUCUCGUUGAUGGGAUUAGGACUAAUGCGACACAUGGGACGGGAUCAGUUACAUCUCAUGGCAAUACAGAUCCUGGUGAUGCGAAAAGCGAUAACCAUCCAAAAUGCAAGGUUGAUAAUGUCCAAGACGUACAUGAUUUCAACCCAAGAGAAGAGGGCGAUGUCAUAGAUAUAAGUGAGGACAGCAAAGAUAGUAAAAGUUCUACACAAACACAAUCUGUAGCUCAACAAAAUGAACCUGACAGUGCAAAAGUGACCAUGCAAACAGAAUCUAUAGCUCCACAAAAUGAACAUGAGAGUGCAAAGGUGACGGCUCGAAAUGUUAUCCGCAAUCCCUUUGAGUCAAGCUUUUCUGGACCUAGCAUUACAUCAGGUCCACUAACACCUUCAGGUCAUAUACCUUAUUCUGGAAAUAUUUCUCUUCGAUCGGACAGCAGCACGACAAGUACUCGGUCAUUCGCGUUUCCAGUGCUACAGACAGAGUGGAACAGCAGCCCUGUGAAGAUGGCGAAAGCGGAUCGCAGGCGAUUGAGGCGGGACCGAGGUUGGGGUUAUAGAAUCCUCUGCUGUAAAUUCUGAAUCUGCAUGCUCCUGCAUAUCUUUUUCUUUUUUGAGAUCAGUUCUUUGAGUCGCAACCCGAUCUCGUAGUAGCCAUGUUAAAUUCAUUCAAAUGUUGCCCAUUUCUCCCUUUUCCCUACCACCCCUCCUCUUGCUGCCCCCUCCCCCAUGUCCUGCUCUUUUUUUUUUUUUAUCUAUAGCAGGUUAAUGGCUUGUCUGGAUUCGGUAGUGGCUUGUAAUUUGCAUUGAGAGUGAGAAAUGAAGGUAUACUUGCUGAAGUAUUGUAGUUGAUGAGCAUCCCUGGAUGCUGUAGAAGUGAAAACGAACUGUGUUACCCUGUUCAGAA